AAUAUUUUUCUUAUUGGAGAAAACCGCCUCUUCGGCAGUUCAAAAAUUUCCCAUUGCACUCUCUCCUCAUCCCCUUUCUCCUUACUUUUGCGCUCUCGGUCUCCUCCCUGUCUCCUAGGCUACACGUCUACACUAGCAAUUGCAAAUACAGUUCUUGACUCUAUAUGGAAAAGAUUCCGAUUUAUCAAUCCAACCAAAAAAUAGAGGAUUCUGAGAAGAUCGAUCUUGCAGCCGAAGCCAUCAGUCUCAUGGAUCUGUCGUCUCAAAACGACAAUCAAUUUUCAGGAAAUCUGACAGAACCAAAAACAUGUAAAUUGUCAGGAGUUCUGGGUUCUGAAAAGGAAGUGAACACCACUCUUGAAAUUGACGUGGAUCACCACACGCCUCAGCUCCGUCAAUCAACUGAUCAUGAAAAAGCGAGAAGAAAUGGAAGGUGUAAUUUGCGUAAAAGUUUAGCAUGGGAUAGUGCUUUCUUCAGUAAUGCAGGUGUUUUAGACCCAGAAGAAUUGUCCACUAUGAUUAAAGUAGCUGAAAAGGACAAAAAUCAAUUAUUACCUGGAAUCAAAGAGGAAAUAAGAAGGUCUAUUGAUUCAAUAUCCAGUCUUGAAAGUGAUAAUCUUACGGUGGAAUCUCUUGAGGAUGACUUGUUCGUAGACAUCAGAGCUUCCAUCCAAAGAUCCAAUAAGAAAGUUCCCAAUGCAACAAAUUAUAUCAGCAAGUCAGCGGCCAUGGAGAUAGAUAACCAAGCUAUAGCAAAAACAGCUUUGAAGAAGGAAAGUAUUGCUUCUCAAAAAAAGCUGCUCGUGAAACCAGGUUUAAAGAAUACUAGCAGGCAAACAAUUAGGAUGCCAAAAUGUCAGCCAAAACAAAAUAUUGGGAAGCAAGAAUCGGGAAAAGCUGUUAAGCAGGAUUCUGGCCAUUCGCAAGUAACCCAGACCGUCACUAAGACUGACGAGCCAAGUUCAUUACGGCCUAAGCCACCCAAGGCUGUCAGCAGGGCUACCCUCACUUCAACAUCAGCGACAAAGAGGGAUUCCACUGGUAGUAGUCAUGUCAAAUCUGAAAUCGGAAGCUCAAAACUCAGACCUGUAACAAGUUCUACUAAAGGGAGUCAGGCAUCAAAAGUUCCUGUCUUAAGUGGUGCCAGAAGGGCAUUGCCAAAGCCUGCUGCAUCUUCCAAUUCCUCUUCUUUGGGGACUUCAACUACAAGCAAAAUGCUGUCUACAAGGUCCUCUACUUCAAGUGACAGCUUUGACAGUAUGUUGUCUAAAACUACUGCUAAUUCUCCAUUAAUGUCUGCAAGAAGAAUUCCAGUAAAGAGUAGCACUAUUAGACAAGCUUCCUCUGAUUCCAUUCCUAAAACACCAUCGAAAGCAGCACUGCAGAAUAAACCACUGCCAUCCACUCUUUCAGCUUAUCUGCGGUCAACUAAGAUAUCCUCAAGUGUAUCACCAGCUAGUUCUAUUAGUGAGUGGUCUUCAGCAUCAUCAUCUUCAACGGUCUACCAAAGGUCGAGUAACUCGAGGAACAGCCUAGAUAUCAGCUCCUGUCCAUCCAUAGAUGACAGUGUUGUUCCUUUGGGUCUGAGGUCUACUGAUGGAAUUGCAGAUGAAUAUAAAAGUAAGGGAACUGCUUUACCUGGUAACAUUUCAAAUAAAUCCAUAACUCAAAGUGGUACCCUUCAAGCUCCUGCAAAACUAUCAGGACUUCGAAAGCCAUCUCCAAAAAUUGGGUUCUUUGAUGCGGCAAAGUCCAUCCGCACUCCUAAUGGAACUCUGCGCAUUCAAUCUGACUUGGGCAAUGUGCUAAUGAAGAUCGGGGCUGCUGUCUGCAGUCCAAAAGGGAGCUCAAACAUAAAGCCAAAGACUGGAAAGUUUCCUACAUCCAGAGCAGUAUCUUCUUUGGCAAAUGUAAAGCCUGGUUCUCCAAAAUCUAGGUCUCCUGCAUCCUUUCCAGAAAGAUCACGGGCAUUGACAAAUGAUUCUCAAGCCUUAUCUGGUGUAAAAGAUUCUCCUAGCUUAUCACCUGAAGCUCAAGGAAACAGAAGUGGAGAAAAUAUUUUGAAGUUGCAGAAAGUUCAAGCCAAAGUGCCAGAUGGAAAUAAGAAAGUUCUAGACGCAGGUACUGGGGCCGUUAUGAACAAAAAUCCAGAUGAAUUGAUCGAAGAAGCAGCCUUCAAUAUGCAUAGAAACAUACGCAGAGAGGAUAUCGAGGCUGUUCUUGUUGAAGAUAAUAAUGCUAUGGGCUCUAAAAGUAUUGGACAGAAAGUGGAUAAAGAUGUAUUGGAUGACGAAAAUCAUUGGAAGUGUUUGAGUUCAAUUUUGAAAACGACUGAAGAUAAACAGGAGUUAAGUGGAUCAAAGGAAUAUGUAAAUUCAAACGUUUAUAGCCAAAAGGGUGAACCUCUAUCUGAUAUAUCAGACUCUGUUUCAGCGUCUUUCCCGGAAACAGCCUCUACAACCACUGCUAGCAGAGCACCGUUUGAUCUCAUGGAUUCAUUUUACAAUAGUGAAUGUCCUGAUUUCUCUAAAGAAUCAGCAGCCCAGCUUGUCGAAAAGAUAGUGAUACCCUUACCUAUUACUGAGCAGAAAGAGAACAUCUAACACUAGUCUUCAAGCGCAGCAUCUUUGUUUCUCAGAUGGCAAGAUGGCCGAAGAGCGGUACCUGGUGGGUAAGAUUUGUUUAGAGGACGAUAAGGCUAUUCUCUUUACUUUGAUGGUGAGAGGCCUUCAACUGGAGGUGUCCGGUGAUUCAAAUAUUGCCAUUCAUUCAUUAGACGAGACUAUGAAAGGGAAGGUUUAUACAAAAUUGCAUAUGAUGUAAGCCCACCAAUUGUUCCAUAUUAAAACUACUCGACAGCUUUCCUGCUAGAUGAAGUUAUCAAACUUUAAGCGUAUUAUGUCAGCUAAAAGUUGAACUGUUUUUGUCAUGUUUUGUCCCAAUGUCACUUACAGGUGCUUGUGUUCAUUUCCUCCUUUCUCUGAUAUCGGAAGUUUUAUGAAUGGCAAGAAUAGUAGUGUAGUACUUUCUCCCCCGUCA